AUGGAUUCUGAAGAUGAAUACGUGUCAGGCAUGUCUACUGACGCCGAGGGCAUGCAAGAAUAUAGCGGAGAUGAGAUGUCUGCUGCCGAUGAUUUUGAAGAUGAUUUCGACGAACCCGAUCCCGACUUUGGAAUAACCUCCAAGGACAUCACCAAGACGAAACAGCCGGCUCAUGUCGUUUCGUUCAAAGUUCUCAAGCCUUCCGACAUUCAACAUCAACAAGAUGAUAUGAUUAAUGAGGUGAAUAUGAUUCUGGACAUGCGCAAAGAAGAUGCUGCCAUUAUGCUGCGAUAUUUCCGAUGGAAUAAAGAGCGUUUACUUGAAGAUUACAUGGACCGACCCGAGAAGGUCCUCGAAGCUGCGGGCUUAAGUAGCAAUACAGCUGCCUUGCCAAAGCUGGAGGCGGUUCCUGGCUUCGUGUGUGACAUUUGCUGUGAAGACGAAGAUGGUCUGCAGACUUUUGCAAUGAAGUGUGGACAUAGGUACUGCGUUGAUUGUUACCGACAAUACCUGACCCAGAAGAUCAAGGGUGAAGGUGAGGCCGCUAGAAUUCAGUGUCCCGCCGAUGGCUGUGGUCGCAUUCUCGACUCUCGAUCGCUGGACUUGCUCGUCACGCCUGAGCUGACUGGUCGGUAUCGUGAGUUACUAAACCGGACCUACGUCGAGGACAAAGACAUUUUCAAAUGGUGCCCAGCUCCCGACUGUCCGAAUGUUGUUGAGUGCGGCAUCAAGAGGAAGGAUUUGGACAAGAUUGUUCCCUCCGUGGAGUGCCUGUGCGGCUACAGAUUCUGCUUUGGCUGUCCAAACGCCGAUCACCAACCCGCACCUUGCGAGCUUGUCAAGAGGUGGCUGAAAAAAUGUGCCGAUGACUCAGAAACCGCAAAUUGGAUCUCGGCAAACACAAAGGAGUGUCCCAAAUGCAGUUCAACGAUUGAAAAGAACGGCGGAUGCAACCACAUGACAUGUAGAAAGUGCAAAUAUGAGUUUUGUUGGAUGUGCAUGGGGCUGUGGUCAGAGCAUGGCACCAGCUGGUACAAUUGCAACAGAUACGAAGAGAAGAGCGGCUCAGAGGCGAGAGAUGCGCAGGCCAAGUCAAGGACAUCCUUGGAACGCUACUUGCACUACUACAAUCGUUAUGCCAACCAUGAACAGUCUGCAAGGCUGGACAAGGACAUUGCGCAGAAGACGGAGAAGAAAAUGGUACAGCUGCAAACUACGUCGGGCAUGUCGUGGAUUGAAGUACAGUACCUCAACUCUGCUUCGCAAGCUCUCCAAACUUGCCGACAGACGCUUAAGUGGACGUAUGCCUUUGCAUUCUACCUGGCCAGAAACAAUCUGACGGAAAUCUUUGAGGACAACCAAAAGGAUUUGGAAAUGGCUGUGGAGAACUUGUCUGAGAUGUUUGAGAAGCCGAUUGUGGAACUAUCUGAUUCAAAGCUCAAGGUCGACAUUAUGGACAAGACAUCAUACUGCAACAAGCGUCGUGUCAUUUUACUCGAGGACACUGCCGAGAACCUCGCAAAAUCAAAAUGGACCUUCAACGCGGACCUUACCGCUCCCUCAGUCGCAUCUGCUCGCCGCUAA